GGGACCUUGAAAGUCACGUGACUUGGAACAAACCAAUAGCCACGGGAUAUGACUGUCAUUAACUUGCAUUGUAGCAAAAUCCGUGUCAGUUUCACGGAAAUUUGAGUGAUUCUGUGGCUAUUCCACGGAUUUUGAGUUAAGCAAAUCCGUGGUUAUUUCACGGAUUCCUGUGAGACCAGGUUCUUUCCCACUCUGUUCAGAGAUGGUCUUCUGCUUCAAAGCUAUUCUGUUGCAGCACCAUUUGAAAUGAGCCUCCUGAUCCACGGCCUUGGUCUGUCUUCGGUCUUUAUUUAUGUCUUUGUUUAUUUCUACAUUUCUGUCUCUCUCCCUGUCUCCCUCUCUUCUCAUUGCUGUUUCUCAUCUUUCCUCCUCUUCCUCCCACUCCAUCCUUUCCAUAUAUCUCUUCCAGAACAAGGGGUCUCUGCAGUUUGAGGACAAGUGGGAUCUGAUGCGGCCCAUCGUUCUCAAGCUGCUCAGACAGGAAGCCGUCACCAAGCAACAGUGGUUCGACUUGUUCUCAGACGUCCAUGCUGUGUGCCUAUGGGAUGAUAAAGGACCAGCCAAAAUCCACCAAGCCCUCAAAGAGGACAUCCUAGACUUCAUUAAACAAGCACAAGCUCGGGUGCUGAGCCACCAAGACGACACAGCGCUGCUAAAGGCCUACAUCGUAGAGUGGAGGAAGUUCUUCACCCAGUGUGACAUCCUGCCCAAACCCUUCUGUCAGCUGGAGAUCACGCUCAUGGGCAAACAGGGCAGCAACAAGAAAACAAACAUGGAGGACAGCAUUGUACGCAAGCUGAUGUUGGACACGUGGAACGAGUCGAUCUUUUCCAAUAUUAAGAGUCGCCUGCAGGACAGCGCCAUGAAGCUCGUGCACGCCGAGAGGCAGGGGGAGGCCUUCGACUCGCAGCUCGUUAUAGGAGUACGAGAGUCGUAUGUCAACCUGUGUUCUAACCCGGAGGACAAGCUGCAGAUCUACAGAGAUAACUUUGAGAAAUCCUACCUAGACUCCACAGAGAGGUUUUACAGAACACAGGCGCCGUCCUACCUGCAACAGAAUGGCGUCCAGAACUACAUGAAAUAUGCAGAUGCAAAACUGAGAGAAGAGGAGAAGAGAGCUCUUCGAUAUCUAGAGACAUGUCGUGAAUGUAACUCUGUCCAAGCACUUAUGGAGUGUUGUGUGAACGCUUUGGUGACCUCGUUCAAAGAAACCAUCCUGGCUGAAUGUCCCGGGAUGAUCAAACGAAAUGAGACAGACAAGCUGCACCUGAUGUUUUCUCUCAUGGACAAGGUUCCCUGCGGGAUCGAGCCCAUGCUUAAAGACCUGGAAGAUCACAUCAUCAAUGCUGGACUAGCAGACAUGGUGGCUGCCGCCGAGACUAUCACUACUGACUCUGAGAAGUAUGUGGAGCAGCUGCUGACUCUAUUUAACCGCUUCAGUAAGCUGGUCAAGGACGCGUUCCAGGACGACCCUCGCUUCCUCACAGCAAGAGAUAAGGCUUACAAGGCUGUUGUCAAUGACGCCACAAUUUUCAAACUGGAGCUGCCGCUGAAACAGAAAGGUGUGGGUAUGAAGACUCAGCCAGAGUCAAAAUGUCCUGAGCUGUUGGCAAACUACUGUGACAUGCUCCUGAGGAAAACUCCUCUCAGCAAGAAACUCACCUCAGAGGAAAUCGAGCUCAAACUCAAAGAAGUGCUCUUGGUGUUGAAGUACGUCCAGAAUAAAGAUGUGUUCAUGCGCUACCACAAAGCUCACCUGACCAGGCGUCUGAUCCUGGACAUAUCGGCCGACAGCGAAAUUGAAGAGAACAUGGUGGAGUGGCUGAGAGAAGUGGGAAUGCCUGCUGAUUAUGUGAACAAGCUGGCCAGGAUGUUUCAGGACAUCAAGGUCUCUGAGGACCUCAAUCAAGUCUUCAAAGAGAUGCACAAACACAACAAGCUGGCACUGCCAGCGGACAGCGUGAACAUUAAGAUCCUGAAUGCCGGCGCAUGGUCCAGAAGCAGUGAGAAGGUCUUUGUGUCGCUGCCCACGGAGCUGGAGGACCUGAUCCCUGAGGUGGAAGACUUCUACAAGAGGAACCACAGCGGCCGCAAACUCCACUGGCAUCACCUCAUGUCCAACGGCAUUAUCACCUUUAAAAACGAGGUGGGACAGUACGACCUGGAGGUGACGACGUUCCAGCUGGCCGUGUUGUUUGCGUGGAACCAGAGACCCAGAGAGAGAAUCAGCUUCGAGAACCUCAAACUGGCCACAGAGCUGCCUGACGCAGAGCUACGCCGGACACUAUGGUCUCUCGUUGCCUUCCCCAAGCUGAAGAGGCAGGUGUUGUCUUAUGACCCUCCAGUCAGCUCGCCCAAAGACUUCACAGACAGCACGCUCUUUUACGUCAACCAGGAGUUCUCAAUCAUCAAAAACUCCAAAGUCCAGAAGCGAGGAAAGAUCAAUCUGAUUGGUCGGCUGCAGCUGACCACAGAGCGAAUGAGAGAAGAGGAGAACGAAGGAAUCGUUCAGCUCAGAAUACUCAGAACUCAGGAGGCCAUAAUCCAAAUCAUGAAGAUGAGGAAGAGGAUCAGCAACGCUCAGCUGCAGACGGAGCUGGUGGAGAUCCUGAAGAACAUGUUUCUGCCUCAGAAGAAGAUGAUCAAGGAGCAGAUCGAGUGGCUCAUUGAACACAAGUAUAUAAAGAGGGACGAGGCAGACAUCAAUACCUUCAUCUACAUGGCCUAGGCAGCGCAGGAGGGAGUGAUUCCUUCCUCUCUUUUAUUACUCCUGGCCUGCAGCUGGCGGUCUAAAACUCUACGAGUGGAGAAGGAACAAAAGGCUGAAGAUGAGCAGAGGGAGAUAUGAUCCGUAGGGAGUGUGUUGGAGGACGAGGAGGAGCCUUUUCAACAAAAGUGUGGAUAUUUAUUUGUGUUUCUGAGACGUGGAGGUGAGAGUCUGUUUGUCUCUGCUGCCCUCUAGUGGACCAGAGGAGAGGGACGCCGUCCACCAGGCUGAGAGGAAAACAAAUAGUGACAUAAUUCAAUUCAAUACUUCCUGCCUUACUUUGUCAGCGAAGGCCUGCAGAGGAGGAGCUGCGAGGAGGGAAGGGGGCGUAACCAGCUGAUAUCAGUCCUUUCCUUUCACUUAAUGCCAUAGCUGCCAUGUUAGCGGUAGCCGUUUUGCAUCCCUCCUAUUCUACAUUUGUCUUAUUUUUGAACGGGGAAUGCAAAAAAGGCCACGACCGAAAAAGCUGCCAUCGAGGAGGAGCGGACACAGAUCGAAACUACCGAGGAGUAUUUUGCCAAAUUGUGUGUCUGUUUUUGUGUGUGUGAGUGUGUGUGUGAGUGUGUGUGUGUGUGUGUGUGUCUGGUCUUAUUGAUGUGUGUAUGUGUGCACUUUGAACAGCAUGCUGCUCUAUGAUUUUUGUUUGUUUGUUUGUUUGUUUGUUUAUUGGAGGAUCUGUCACACUUUGUGGCUGUGUCUGAGACAGCUGGGGAACGGAGACCAGCCACCGUUUAAAUGCUGAUAUUUAGUUUUUUAGU